GUCAUAUCACAACUUUAUUGACAUUUGAUUAUUUACUGCUGUUGUGAACAUAUUUUGCAAAUAUAAUUUAUUUUUAACAAUAUAUUUCAAGCAAAUAUAACAAAAUACAAAGCGAUACUACACGAUGAGCAAUUCCGACCCAGAGACGAUAGACGAAAACCAGCCACCGACGGAUUCCAAACAGCCGCAAUCAACCACUGCCAGCGAGGACGCCGAAAUAGUACCAAAACAUCUACGAUCACGAUACUGGAAUAGUUGGGAGGAGAUGCGUUUGGUGGAAUUAUGGCGACUCCAUAGCAAUGAAGUGACGACCUUAAAACAGAAUAUACCAAUAUUCCGUACCAUAUCAGAGGGUAUGCGCGAAUAUGGCUUUCAUGUCAAUGCACAGGAGGUGCGGCGUAAAAUAAACAAUUUCAAAAACAAAUACAUUGCCGAACGUCGUCGCAUGGAAUUGGGCGAAAAAGAGAAGCAAAGCAACUGGAGACUAUACCCACUAAUUCACUGCCUAUUAGCGCCACGACAAAAGAACCAACUGCUUACACAUCAACAAUUGAUAUUAGAGCAACUAUUUGCUAAAAUCCCCGUAUAUUUGUUGAACAAAGAGUUGCCUAUUUCGGAAAUGACAGUCUCUAAUUCUUUACCAAAAACAUCUAUCUUUCCAACGAAAUCCGCAGAAGCCUCCACUUUGCCGACACAAACACGUUGUCAGGCAAGAUACCAGCCAUAUAGCAGAGCAGCAAUUGGUGAUUCCAGCGUUUUAAUACGUAGCAAUUUUACCAAGGAGAGAUUAACGCAAAUACGUGUCGACAACAGCAUAUUAUCCGAUCAGCGCGAUGCAGCGUUGAAACAACUGAAAUCUGAAGAGCGCUCAUUUAAAGCGUUGGAGAGUUUCCUUAUGAAUUGGCAAAGUAAACACGAAAUUGUAUUACGACGUUUGCAAUGCACGAAUGGAAAGUGACAAUAGUGUUCAUAGUGAUUCUAAGCACAUUUUUCUGUCACAUUAAAAGUGCGUGUUUCAUUAGGUUUUUAAUAUAUUUUACGCUACUUAAUAUAAUUUAUUUAUAGCUUAGUUAGUAAUUUUCUUGAGUCACCUUAGUUUUUAGACACAUCAAUACUAAAUUAUUUCAAAAAAUUUUAUGUUUUUUUGUUAAACUAAAAAACGUAAAUUAAUUAUUUUAUUUUUACUUUUUAUUUCAUCAUCAGCAUCUAUGUAACUAUAAAUUUUUCGAUUUCGUAUCUGUCACAUUUCUCAUUGUAUGUUGUAGAAUAUAUCGGCACAGUUCUUGUUUCGUUUAGGCAAUAAGUAAAAUACAAUCCAUUUUAGUGAAUAUGUAUGCACAUAGCACAUAGUUAGACACAGUGCUAUGCUAUUGACGAAUGACAAUGAAAUGCUCCAGUGCUAGCCGUGUUAACUAAAAAUUAUUACACCGUCUACUUUUUGUUUUUGUUUGUUGAUAAGGCUAACUAGUGAAAGCACUUGAACUUAAUUACAUAUGAAUACGUAGACACUUAAGUUUUGUUAUGUGCAAAUGGAAUACGAAUAACUGUACAGAAAAUACAACUUAAUUUGAACGCGUGUUUCAACAAAACAAAAAUCUACACUUUUGUGUUUUAUUUUCAUCUGCUUAUACUGGACUGUAAGCACUUAUUAUGUAGUAACGAUUUGCCGACUUAUUGUAUUUUUGUUAACGAAUUAUUCACUUCCACGUAAUUCUAUAUUUAUUUCACUUAAUUAAAUGCCACACACACAUUCGUUUAUUUAAA